CGGUAGUGGUUAGUUACACCGUUCUUCACGUUGCCCGUUACCACAAAGCUGUUUUUUCCACUCAGGUCUAUAAUAACAUGCACAAAAGGAAACUUCAAACUAAGGCGCUUUUAAAAUUUAAAUGUAAUGUGUCAGCUUUAGAACAGAAAAUGGUGAAUAUAAUUAAACUAGGGCUAAAACAUUUUUUAAUUAAUAUAUAGGUCGGUUACAGAAAAUUAAUUCACUGGUUUCAGCUUUUCAGACAAUGAGGAUUGUUGCUUUUCUGUUUUAUAUUAUUGUAAAUUGAAUGUCUUUUGGGUGUUGGACUAUUUCUUGGUUGUGAUGGGCGUUUUCUGACAUGUUACGGACCAAAUCAACGGAAGACAGAUGACUGACGAUGACAAAUGUGAUUUUUCAGCUCUAACUGUCAUGUUAACCAGUAGUACAUGCAGUGUGUGGACCUCUGUUUUGUGGACAUUUCAUAAAUGUCUGUGAUCACAAACCUGAGUGAGAGCGAUCGCCUUGGGCAGAGUUGUGAAUAUGCUUUUUUUAAGGUUUAUGAACAGACGGGCCUCUGCUAACUGCCGCUACCAGCCCACCUGCUAUGAGCAUGCUGCAAACUGCUACACUCAUGCACUCCUCAUUGUGCCGGCCUUUGUGGGCAUGGCGUUGCUGCACCGUCUGUCCGACAACCACUGGGAGAGGUUCACAGCCUGGGUGUACGGCAUGGGCCUCUGUGCUCUCUUCCUGGUCUCCACCGUGUUUCACAUCAUCACCUGGAAGAAGAGCCACAUGAGGUCUGUGGAACAUUGCUUCCACAUGUGUGACAGAGUGGUCAUCUACUUCUUCAUUGCUGCCUCCUACACACCUUGGUUAAACCUGCGGGAACUGGGUCCUCUAGCAGCACACAUGCGCUGGUUUGUGUGGCUCAUGGCUGCUGCUGGGACCGUCUAUGUCUUCAACUACCACGAAAAGUAUAAACUUGUCGAGCUGGCCUUCUAUUUGACGAUGGGAUUUUUCCCUGCAUCUGUAGUGACGUCAAUGAGCAACACUGAGGGGCUUCACGAGCUGGCCUGCGGGGGACUCAUCUACUGCCUCGGUGUGUUCUUCUUCAAGAGCGACGGCGUCAUCCCCUUCGCCCACGCCAUCUGGCACGUGUUCGUGGCGCUGGCCGCGGCCGUGCACUACUACGCCAUCUGGAAAUACCUCUACAAGGCUCCCGGUGCCGACACCCUCCUCGACUCGUGACCACGGCGGGGCCCGUUCCCCUGAGCAGAGGCGCUUGCACACUGACUCCUUCAACUGCCCACUGAAGCUGCGGCGACAGCCGAAAAGUUUACGAAAACACUGACCGUGAAUUGUUUACUGUUUUCUAGUGUGGAGGAGAACAGAUUUUUCAGCGUCUCCCCGACCAACAGAAGCUACUUUAAAAGCUGUUUUGUACGACUUCAGUCUAAAAAAGAAACCUGACAGCGAGGGAGGGGAUUUUGACUUUUUACUCUAAGCUUAACUUCGGCACAUUCGUGAGUAUUUGAGAAAUUUGAUAGCAGUCUUUUGUAUCACUUGAAAAGAGCCACAUUCCACAUUUUCGGGUCAUUUGUUUGUCAAAACCUGGACACUCAUCCAUUUCAGUCGGUGACUUGAACACUGGGGAUAUGAGGUGCUAAAACUCAGCUCUUUUCCGUAUCUGGGCUGGGUGUCAGUACUGGUAUCGAUUAUGUUGCUUGAGUUGCAGGACAAAUUGUAGUGUUUUUAUUUGAUGCUUCACGUUUGAAAAGUGUAAACAUUUCUCUACAAACCCUUUUUUUUUUUUUUUUUUAAUUUAACAAAGGAAGCCAAAGGUUGGUUUUUUCGAGACACGAGUAGCAGUUCAGGAACUUUGCCAAAGUUAAAUGGAUUCAAACUGGCAAAAAUUUGAUUAAAAAUCAGGAACUAAAUAGUAGGAAUCUGAGCAGACACUCAAUGCCAACUUUCCAUACUUUACCAAAAGAUGUAGCGUAUGGAAGAGGCACUUGCACGCGGACUCAGUUGACUUCACACUACUAAUCAGUAGUGUGAAGUCAAAAGGAAAAGACGGAAGUUGGUCAUUUGUUUUCUCAUUUUCUUUAUUUUUUAGUAUUAUUGUUAUUAUUAUUAUUAUUAUUAUUAUGUUUUUUCGUUUUGUUUUUUGUUUUUGUUUUUCAAAUAGUGGUUGCAUUUUCAACCCCUCUGAUCCAGAUUCCCACUCUUUUGUCCACCUUCUUUGCUUCUGACUUGAAUCCAAACGCAUUCCUCAGUUCUCUGAGAACCACAGUUGAUCCUGGUAGUAUUAUUUAGCGCCCCCUUCUGGUGAUUCACAACGCUUUCAGGAGGCGACGCAGGUCGGGUGGGAUUUUUCUCAGUGAGCCAAAGGGGAGAGAGGGUGGGCUCAGGCGGUACGAUGAAAACAGCAUCGUUCCACUGGGUUUGUAAUGUGAACAGCGUGAAGUACUGUAUUCCAGUAUUACACUUCCGCUGAUUCUGUCUCUCCCUCUGUUUUUGAUUUUCGCCACUGUGACGAACAGCGUUUCCUGUCCGUAUUCUGAAGUGGGUUUGAUCGUUGCAGAAACCUCCACGUUCUUUUUGUCUCACGCUCUUGGUUUUGUAAAGUUGCUCGUUGGCUCCUGACUCAUAAAAUUACCUUUCUCUCACUUUCCUUUUAGUGAUAUGUUGAGCUGAAUCGUUGCAUAAUUUUUAAAUCGUGGCUCUUGAUGAAAUAAUUUCCUUAACCACUCUGUUUUGUAAUGUUUGUAUAUUCUGUUGUUUGUUCUGUGGAUUACAUGAUCCUGGCCUU